GAAUUAACCAUGUCUCAAUCUGACGAUGAGCCUCUCUGCCUGGACUCGAUCUUUCCAGAACCUGGCAGGCCCCCGUCACCCGAUCCGACCACAGCAGUGUACAAGCGUACGCCCCGAGAUCAGCCUGGCUUCAAUGCCGGAACAUCAUGGCAGACCAUUAGUAUCCGACUAGUCGGCAAUCAUCCCUUGUGGGGUCACUAUCUAUGGAACGCUUCGCGGUCUUUUGCUUCAUACCUUGAUGCUCAUCCAGAAUUGUAUCGUGAUCGAUGCGUUUUGGAACUUGGGGCAGGUGGCGGUUUACCCAGCAUUGUCACGGCUCUCAACGGAGCUCGUAAAGUAGUAGUCACGGAUUACCCUGACGCUGCCUUGGUCGACAAUUUGAGUUUCAACGUCAAGCAAAACGUACCGGAAGAUAUGAUGCAGGCAGUAGACGUGAAGGGGUAUAUUUGGGGUCAAACAGUGGCACUGUUACGCGAAUCUAUCACGAGAUCGGAUGAAGCUUCGUCGACUGGAUUUGACCUGAUUAUCAUGUCUGAUCUCGUCUUCAAUCACUCCCAACACGACGCACUUCUUACCACCGCUGAAAGUACUCUGAGCAACGUUUCGAGCGACGAGCACAAAGCCACUCUUCUUGUGUUCUACACACAUCACCGUCCUCAUCUUGCCCAUCGUGACUUGGAGUUCUUCGAGAAGGCACGUCAAAGAGGUUGGAUAUGCGAGGAGAUCGUAACGGAGAAAUAUCCUCCAAUGUUCCCGGAAGAUUCGGGAGAGGAAGAAGUGAGGGCCACCGUACAUGGAUGGGCGUUGACCCGGGCAUAAUCUCGCCAUCCAUGACGCAGAACAUGAUAGUAUAGUUGUCCGAGACUCCGGGUCAUGAUCUACAUAGGCACGUCCCUG